AUGGUUGAGGAGACUGAAUAUGAUGAAGUUGUCCAGUGUGACCAUUCCUACGACAGAAGGUGUCACACCACCUAUGUCACCAAUUACGAGUCCCAGCAGGAGGAGGAGUGCGAGGAAAACUUCAGAAAGAAGUUAUGCAGAACUCCACUGGUGAAGGACUGUGAUGUCCAGGGACCUGAAAUCUGCAGAACUGAGUAUGAAUCAGAGUCCUGGACCAAGCAAGAAGUUCAUGAUGUUGAAGAUGAUGUCGUUGAGUGUGAAACCAUCCAGGAUGAGAAGUGUGCUGAUGAAACCUCUGGAUACACCACUCUCACCAAGUGCUCCAAGUGGCCUAGAGAAGAAUGCAAGGUUACCAAGAAGAAAGUGCAGAAGUAUACCCCUAUCACUGGAUGUACCAAGGAGCCUAGGGAGUUGUGUGCCCCUGCAGGAUGUGGGUUCAAGGAGGGAGCUGAGGAAUGCUUUGACAAAACACAGACUGUUGUCCAGGAUGCCCCCAAGGAAGAAUGCUCCCUAGAACCCCAGAGAACCUGUGCUCAUGUCACCAAGCUGAUGAAAUAA